UGAUUUGCACUUGCUGUUUUGCAGGCUGAGGUGGAAGAAACACUGAAGCGAAUUCAGAGCCAAAAGGGAGUGCAAGGAAUAAUUGUUGUUAAUUCUGAAGGUAUUCCUAUCAAAAGUACUAUGGACAACUCCACAACGAUUCAAUAUGCGGGCCUAAUGCACAGUUUCAUCAUGAAGGCAAGGAGUACUGUGCGAGACAUUGAUCCCCAGAAUGACCUCACAUUCCUGCGGAUCCGCUCCAAGAAAAACGAAAUCAUGGUUGCACCAGAUAAAGACUACUUCCUGAUUGUCAUCCAGAAUCCAACCGAAUGAUUACGCUAACUUGGUCUGUUUUUUCCCUUUACCCAACUUUUUUAAUUUAAUAGCAAGGAGUAGAGCAUUAGUGUUAACUCUGUUAUGCCACUUUGAUAAUGUCUAGAAAAACAAAAGCAGGGGUUUUUGUUGCUUACAAAGAGGAAAAAGUGGCUUUUUUUUUGUCUAUUUUUUUCUGCAGGUAUCACAAAAGUCAUUUUGAGGGAGAUUCUGUGAAUUAGAAUCAGGUGGCUUAGGCUGUCAAAAGUGCAACAGAUUCUUUUAAUAGUUAAUAUAAUAUUCUAAUAAUGUUCUAAUAAAGAUUAUUCCUUGUAUGUUUCCAUA